GAGCUGAUAGAGCCCUGAGUUGACAUGCACUGUUGGUAUGAAAGGAGUCUUAACCAUUCUGACCUUUGUCGAGAGGUUGUUCUGGUAUGCAGGCAAUAAGCAAGGAAGCUGACAUCAUACGGCAAGCCCUGUAUUCACCCAGUGGCAUUUUUUGAUCGCUUAUAAACUUAAACAAGACUGCACUUGUACAAUCAAAACCAGGAACUUGAGGCCACGUGGUCUCCAUAGGCUCCUGAGGUGUUUGCAGACAGGUCCUGAGCAUCACUGCCAAGUAAAAUCUCACAUUUCCCUCCUUAGGGCAGCACAGGACGGAGGAGUUCCGGAAGGUGAAUGUCCUGAUGAAGGUGCCUGCGCUAAGGGAUGGUUCUUUCACCUUAGCAGAGAGCAUUGCAAUCCUCCUCUACCUGACCCGGAAAUUCAAGACUCCUGACCACUGGUACCCAUCUGACCUGCAGAAAAGGGCUAGGGUUGAUGAGUACCUGUCAUGGCAGCACGUCAACAUUCGUGGGAAGGGGAGCAAGCUGUUCUUAACUAAGGUGUUGCUGCCUCUCCUCACGGGCCAGCCACUUCCUCCAGAGAAACUGGAAGGUGUUACUGAAGAGCUGAACGUUGUCCUGAAGCAGUUUGAGGAGAAGUUCUUGCAGGACAAGCCCUUCAUCGCAGGCAGUGAGGUCUCCCUGGCAGACCUUGUGGCACUGGUGGAGCUCAUGCAGCCUGUAGGUGCUGGUUAUGACCUCUUUGAGGAGAGACCGAAGUUAGCAGAGUGGCGCAGGAGGGUGGAAGAAGCGGUGGGGAAGCAGCUCUUCCAAGAAGCCCAUGAAGGGAUCUUGAACAUGAAGAACUUGACCGCUGAUAAGAUUGCACCUGAAUUGCUGGAGCAUUUCAAGCACCAGCUCCUAAAGCAGGCCAGCCAGAAUUAGGGGGCUAUACUCUAAGUAAAAUGGAUUAUUUUGUGUAGGCUUUUUAUAGUAUUUCAGCAUUUCUUCUAAAAAUCAUAUAGAAACACCAUUCCACAAAAUGCACUUCAAUUACAGCCUUUCUGCAACUUAGAAGGGAAGAAAACUACAUCUUAAACAGACUGCAGUGAGCUGCUUUCCCCUCUUGUUCACUACAGGUAUGUGAGCUGUAGCCCUAUAGGCUUUUCUUUCUUGCUCCAACACCACUGGAUCUGCUUGAGGGCAGAGGCGAUUUCGGUCUGUGUGGGGACUGGGGCCAGUCAGAACUGCCCUUUCCAUCCCUGUUUUGAGUUUUCUGGGUCAGCGCCAUAGAAGGGGCAAAGGUUUCCUGAGGGUUUGGCAGAGCAGAUCUAUCUGAAACAAGGCAAAAUCAUCAAAAAUGGCUUUCACUUUGCAACACUCUCAGUUGGAAGAUUUUUGCUCUGUAGUAGAGAGGCAGGUCAGGACCCAGCCCCUGCCAGGGCUUGUAGAGCACCUGGCCACUAGAGGCUGCUGCAUCACCUGUGGGAGGAAAGGGACACAUCGCCCAGGAGCAGGGGGCCUGCGCAGGUACCCGAGUGAGGCCUCCAGCUUCUGUGAAGGACGGGGUUAGUCCCGUGAAUAAAGGUCCUUCGUGCCAUGCUUUCCAGAGAACAGCCUGCACAGCUGACAAAAGCUGCUUUUCUAGGUGAAGCUGCUGUUGACCACACAGUCUCCCUUUGCAAACCAUAUGGGUGCUCUUGUCCUUUCCCCAGAGCGGCUUUGUCAGCUGGAUGGAAGCCAUUCAAGCGGCUCUCUCCACUGAUGAGUGUUGCCGUGGCUGGGCCAGCGUUGGUGGCAGAGGGAGCUGUGCUGGCCAGCCCCGGGGCAAGCAGACUGCACAGUGUGUGAGCCGAGUAAUGCCUCAAAUACAGUUAAUGUUCCACUACUCCUCUGUCAUGACAGAUUCUCCAGUAAAGUUAAUGGUUACACUUGCCGUGUGUUGUAGCUCUGUUUGGAUUUGUAAACAGGAUUUGGAAGGAAGCAGCCAGUGAUUCCACACCUGUGCAGCACCCCGCACAACCUCUUGCCUGUGUCCCUUUGUACCCCUCCUUCCUUCCUGUCCUCCUGUCCCUGUGACCUUCCAUUUCCAGUUACAAGCCAUGAGGAGUGUUCCAGUUUGCAAAACUGUUUUUUUUCCUUCUUGUUAAGCUCUGGUUGUACCUGGAAGUCCCAUUUGUCUCUGCUGGCUGGUUGUGCCAUCCACAGAGAUGGCUGCAUGGUACGCAGGGUGUGAGAUGUCAGUCAUCUUGAUGCAAGCCAGGUUAUUACAGCGAUCAGAAAAGGUGAAAGUAUCUGCUCAAACCAGCCUCACGCAUCCUUUCAGCUGGACCUACUGGUUCUGGGGAAUGAGCCAGCUGCUGCUUCUGCAUUUGUUUCCUGAGUAAACCUGCCCUUUAGUUCAAAAGGGCAUUGUGAACCACAGCUUGCAACACACGUCCCUGCGGGCUGAGCUAAAGCAGCCAAGCCGGCCAGUCCUUUUUACUUUCUGUUCUUCCAGUCUGCAGGAAAUCUUAAAUGUCAGCAGUGAAAAAGCAGAUUUGCCCCAAAACUUUCAGUUUCAGUGCUGACACAGGCAGGAUAUUGGUCUUCUUACCUGAUUUUUUUAUUGGUAAGUUGUUGAGGAGAGUGUGCAGCACUCCAGUUGGUGAAGUCGGUGGCAGCAGCUUUGUUCUCGCCCUGAGAGUGCUUGCAUGGUUGGUGCCUGAGCAGCAACCCCUGUAGGCACUGCUCUGCUGUAGCAGCUUGCCAGCAGUGCUAAGCCUAAAGAAAAUGGUUUGUUUACACUGUACUGCCAACCACUUCCUUUCUAUAACCUGCAGCUUACCACAGCCCCCGGCUGGGCUUCUGCGAAUUGCUGGAAUACACGUCCUUCUUUGCUACUCCACUGAAGCUGCCCAACCUCCAUGCACAUUCUCCUCUUAGCACGUUUCUACUUAACUUCCAGAUUCCUGACCUCCAACUUCUUUUUUGUAGAGAGCAAACCUCUUCCUACCAGCACAAUAAAUUCCUCAUGCAGCUUCUGUUCAAGUAGAAGCAGAGCAGUGAAGUUAUCAAAACCAAGAGCCUAAUCUAUAGAGUGCUAACCUUGACAGACUUCAAACUGGGCUUGGUAGCAGAGCCCUUCUUGAUGCAUGCCUCCCUGCAGAAUCUCGAGAUGGGGCUGCUGUGCGUGCAAAACCAUUGCAUGAGCCAAAGCAAACAAAGUGUCUUUUUUUUUCCCCCUUAUUUAUGAUGCUUGCAGCACAAGAGCUCCACGUAAGAGAGUCCUGAGCCAAUUUUCGUCUUGUUUAAAUAAGGCACAAGUUCCUUAAAUGUCACCCAUUGGGUGUUCUUGCAAGGAUGGCUGCCUUCAAAAAUAAGUUGGAACUAUGUUCAGAGCUCAUUGUCUGGGGCUCCUCUGCUGCCAGUGUCACAAAGGAUAAACACACAGAUCAGCUACCGCCUUGCUCCAGCAUGGCCAUGGUGACAGCAGGAGAUUUUAAAUUUUUUCCCAUAGUCACCUCUGUCUGCUCUAAGCCCCUCUGAACUGUAGGUUCACUCUCCCAAUGAAGCUGUGUGUGCAGUGGCCAGUGGCAUUUUGGGGCCUUCUGUGCAUGCAGGAUAAAGCACCUCCCUGGAGUCACUCCGUGGAUGGCAACAGAGCUGUACAAAAGAUACGUGCCUUGCCGGGUUUUUUUUUCUAAAUUGUGGAGAUGAGCCAUGUCAUCCUUGUACUUUGCCUUUUGCUGUCCCUCCACCUCCCCCAUUUUGUUCAUUUGUGUCAUUUGAUCUUGGCUGGUUCCAGCUCCUAGACUGAGAGCCCCAAAAGCUGCGUGCCAAACCCCCACAGGUUGUGCAAGACUUUUGCCUGCCUCAGUGCAAGGUCUGUUUGGUGUCCAUUCCCCUUUCAGCUGAAUACAGAGAGUAAUUACAACUCUAGUGACAGUUUAAUGUGCUGUUCUGAUUAAAUUUCCUCAAUUCUUGCCAGGGGCUAUAUGGAAAUAGGUGAGAACCUGUGAUUUCUAGAGCAAAAUGAAGCUGGGAUACACAAAAUG